AUGGUACAUCGAAGAACGAGAGCUCAACGCGGACAAUUGCAGAAAACAACCAUGGCAUUAUGUAAGAGUAAAUCAUGGUUUCUAGUUAUAUCCUUAUUCACAAUGUGGUCAGUUUUAAUUUGCCUAAAUUAUUCAUCUUUGAUUGAUAGUGUAGCUUCUUUGGCGAAAUUUUACGUAUAUUCUGUAAACUAUAAUCAAGAAAUUCCAUUUCUUUCUAAUCCUAGUGAAAUCACAAAUUCUACCUCCACAUUUGAUGAUGAAAAAACAGAGGAAAAAACAGGGGAAAUUGGGUAUGAUGAGAUUGAUAAGCUUUUAGAUGUUAAUAUAAAUGAUCUUGUUGAGAAAAGUGAUAAAAGUGGUUCUAUGAGAGUUGAUGAACAGAUUGAUAAAGAUCAAAUUAUCAAAGAUUUGAGGGAAAAAGAAGCUAUGAAGGAGGAAAAUCUUAAACUAAUGUUUUCUACUAAGAAGAGAAAAAAAAGAGGGAAAUCCAAAAGGAGGAGAUCACCUGAGAAUUUCCCAAAUGCACACAUUGUGAAUUCCAAUUUCAAUCAAGAUAAUAAUGUAGUGCAAGUGAAGUCCAUUGCCUCUCCGCCACCACCUCCACCACCAUCUCCACCACCACCACCACCUCGAGUAUGCAAAACUGAGUUAAAAUCCGAUCCAAAUUCGUGCAAUGGCCGUUACAUUUUUGUACACACACUCCCUAGAAGGUUCAAUGUGGACUUACUAAGAGAUUGCAAGUCUCUUGAUUUAUGGAUGGACAUGUGUGAGUAUGUAAAAAAUUCAGGUCUAGGACCAAAACUUCCAAAUUUAGACCAUGUUUUCUCUGAAUAUGGCUGGUUUUCAACUAAUCAAUUCUUAUUAGAAGUAAUCUUCCACAACAGGAUGAAACAAUAUGAUUGCUUAACUAAUGAUCCUUCUAUAGCUUCUGCUAUCUUUGUACCUUUCUACGCCGGGCUUGAUGUAGCCCGGCAUUUAUGGAAUACAGACUCCGAUGUAAGAGAUUCAAGUGGGUUCGAGUUAGUCAAGUUACUAAAGAGGAAGCAAGAGUGGAAGAGAUGGUGGGGUAGGGAUCAUUUCUUUGUUGCAGGAAGAAUUACUUGGGAUUUUAGAAGGUCAUCAGCAAAUAAGAAUGAUCCAGAUUGGGGAACUAAAUUCCUUUACUUACCUGAAUCAAAAAACAUGACAGGUUUAGUAAUUGAAUCAUCACCUUGGAAUAGCAAUGAUUUCGGUAUACCAUAUCCGACUUAUUUUCACCCUGCAAAUGAUGCCGAAGUGUUUCAAUGGCAAACUCGAAUGAGACAGCAUAACAGGAGGAAUCUGUUUUCUUUUGCUGGUGCACCAAGACCUGACAGACCAGAUUCGAUACGCAAUCAAUUGAUCAAACAAUGUGAGAGUUCAAACAAAUGUAUGUUGAUUCAUUGCAAGAAUUGGAAGAAUAUGUGUCAUCAACCAACUGAACUGAUGAAAAUGUUCCAAAGUUCUGUUUUCUGUUUACAACCUACAGGAGAUUCUUACACUAGAAGAUCAACAUUUGACAGCAUACUUGCAGGUUGUAUACCUGUUUUUUUUCAUCCUGGUUCAGCUUAUGUGCAGUAUUUGUGGCAUUUUCCUAGAGAGUUUACUAAGUAUUCUGUUUUUAUUCCUAUGUAUGAGGUAAGAAAUGGGACAGUUAAUAUACAAAAGGUGUUGGAGAAUAUACCUAUGCAAAAAGUUGAGGAAAUGAGAGAAGAAAUAAUACAGUUGAUUCCUAAGAUAAUUUAUGCUGAUCCAAGGUGUAAAUUAGAGACUUUGGAAGAUGCAUUUGAUGUGUCUAUAAAAGGUGUUUUGGAGAGAAUUAGAAGGAUUAAAGAGGAUAUGAAAGAAGGAAGAGAUGAUAGUUUUGGUUAUGAUGAAAGACAAGCAUGGAAGUAUAGGUGGCUUGGGAAGUUGAAAGAACAUGAAUGGGAUCCUUAUUUUUCUGGUUAUUUUGAUACUAGAAAUUUCACAAAUUUUUAAUUUUUUUCAAAGUUUUUAGUACUCAAUUUUGAGGUAGUAAUGGAAUUUUUUUAUUUUUUAUUUGGUUUUGCAUUAUUGUAUUUGGUAGUUUUUGUACUUAUAUGAGUACAUUUCUUAUCGAGCAACAGGUGAUGGCUAAGUAAUAUUGGCAUCAUCGAAAAAAUUCAAGAAUGUUUGUUUUGGGCUAGUUAUGAUGGUUUAUAAUGGAUCAACAUAUAAUUUCACCAUUGCUAUCAUCAUAUUGAUGCAACAAAUAGAACAAUGGAAAUUUACAUAUAAUUAUCAUUAUGAAUACGCUUUUACAUAACAAAUUUAUAUAUUCAACUACAGCCUACAAGUUAAGAUCUAUAUAUUCUUAUACCUAAUUCGUGACCAAAACAUAACAAGCAUCGAUCCUGCCCAUUUUAUUUGGGAACAAAAGCAUAUGAUGAUAGUUAUGCUACAAAAUUACAAUUUAGU